AUGCCAUUAUCAGAAGAUAAUAUUCUUCUAAAUUUAUUGGUUGAAACGGUAUCAAUUAUACCAUUGGAUACUAUUGAACCUGAUCGAUUAUCUAUUAAAGCACUUCGAUAUCUUUUAUCUUGCACGUAUGAAAAGGAAAAACCUUUUGCCACUCCAGAAUAUGAAGUUUUUCGAUAUAGUGCUAUUCUUGCAGCAAAACAAGUUUCUAAUGAUGCGUAUGAAGCUAUUAUGGAACGGUUACCGGCCUUAGAACAAACAAAAAAUUCAAUACAAGCAUCGAAUAAAUUUAUUCCUGAUUAUCAAAAAGUCGCAAAAGAAUUAGAGCCUUUGGUUGAAUUUAUUAAUUUUAGCCGAAUAAAAGGACAAAUUUUAACAGAUAUUAUUGAACCCUUAGAAAUUGCUCCAUCAAAAAUAAUUAUGGAUGUUUAUCGGAAAAUGGCUAAAUCAAGUAAUUUAGUUUCAGGUGAAAUUCGAGGAAUACCAUUUACAAUGUAUAAGUUCAAAGAAUCAGAUUAUGUUUGGGAUAAAUCAGCGUGUGGAUCGAAACUUAUUAUUGAAGAUAAUGGAAAAGUUGUGUACGCACCAAAUGGUUGUGAACAACAUCAAUGUGUUAGAGCUAAGAUGCCAUUAAAUUGUAAAGGAAUUUUUGAAUGGAGUGUUAUUAUUGAAACACAUUGUGUAAAUACUUGGGUUGGGGUAUGUGCAUCAGAAAAUUUUAAUUAUGAAAAGUGGGUGGGACAACCUACUUCAAGGGCAUUAGGUACAGAUGGUAAUAUUAGCGAUUAUAAUGGUGGUAGAUCAAAUUAUUGUCCACACUUUAAAAAGAAUAAUACAAAAAUAACUGUUCACCUAGAUAUGAAUAAAAAAACUUUCGCUUUUUCAGUUGAUGGUACAAAGUAUAAGGAAGUAUCAGUGAAGGAAUUACCAUCAAAACUUUAUCCAGUAGUAUCAUUAUACCGUCACGCUCGCAUUCGAAUUCUGCCUUAUAGUAUAGUUUGAUUUAUGAAUGUUUGAAAAAAUCAUAUAUAUAUCUGAUUAUUGAAUAAUAAAUCACAAUUACUUUUAUUA